AUGUUACGCCUUCUCCGUGUACCUUUGGGUCACUCACGUGGUUUGCGCGCCUUUAGUUCUGAGUCCAAGCCUCCGAUAGACUGUGAUCAAAUAGAAGCAGCAGAUAGACUAGCCGAUUUCUUCAAAAGAGCGGAGGAGAAAGUUAUCAAAGAACAACUGCAGACUCAGGCUGAAUUGUCAGACGCUCAGUGUAAUGCUCCCCCACCACAAGCAGAAUCAGAAGAGAGGACUGUAGUCAAGUCCACUGAAACCAAGCGCCCAAAGGCUUUUGCGCAAGCUUUUGUACCCUGGACUAUGAGUCGUUUGCUUCAGGAAAUGAAUGUUCGGAAGUUACCCGCGAAACGCGAUACGAAUCCUGAGCCAACAUUUUCAUCUCUACUCCGUCACAGUUCUUUUGUCCAGCUGGGUAACUUCGAAGGUAGAGAGGUGAUCGGAGUAGUAAUCGAGAAUGUGAACGACACUGAUCUGUAUAUCGAUUUCGGCGGAAAGUUUCACUGUGUUUGUCCACAACCGGCCAAUCAACACUAUCCCCGUGGAAGCUUAGUUCGCAUUCGUCUAAAAGAUCCGGAAAUGACCAAUCAGUUUAUGAUUAACACCAAAGCGAUUACCUUGUGUGAAGCAGACGCCACGUUCUUAGGCCCUUAUCGUGGUAGAUUAACACGACAUGCCGUUGAAGAGUCCAUGGUUCCAGUUGUCGCCGGGGAUACUCAAGGACCAUCACGACCGGCCUCCGACGGAGAUAGUGUUUCCAUUGAACAUUGGCGUCUUUUGUAG